AUGUCCAUUUCUGGGACUCUUAGCAAUUAUUAUGUCGACUCUAUUAUAAGUCAUGACAGUGAAGAUUCGCCUUCAGCUAAAUUUUCAACUGGGCAAUAUACAGGUUCCAGGCAAGCUGGACAUAAUGAGCAUCUAGAAUUCCCCUCUUGUAGUUUCCAGCCAAAACCUCCAGUUUUCAGCGCCUCCUGGACUCCUUUGAAUCCACAUUCUUCUGGUACCCUUCCUUCGGUCUAUCAUCCAUAUAUUCAACAUCAAAGCGUCCCUUCUGAUAGCAGGUAUCUACGAAGCUGGUUGGAUCCAGUGCCCAGAACAGACAACAUACCCGGACAGGGAUCAGUUAAAUCAGAGCCUCUGCUGGGGCACCCCGGGGAAGUCCAUAAACCCGCAGCACAGGAGUACAAUUUAGAAACUUCUGCUGGAAGGGAGGCGAUCGUUUCCAAUCAAAGGCCCAGCUUCGAGGACAAUAAAGUUUGUGAAGGAAGCGAGGACAAAGACAGGCCAGAUCAAACCAACCCAGCGGCCAACUGGCUCCAUGCCCGCUCCUCCAGAAAAAAAAGAUGCCCUUACACCAAAUACCAGACCCUGGAGCUAGAGAAGGAGUUUUUGUUCAAUAUGUACCUCACCAGGGACCGUAGACACGAAGUGGCCAGACUCCUCAACCUGAGUGAAAGACAAGUCAAAAUCUGGUUUCAGAACCGAAGAAUGAAAAUGAAGAAAAUGAACAAGGAACAGGGCAAAGAAUAAGAUACAGAAGGCAAAUGCCAUGCUCUGUCUCACAGCUUACUCGAUAUUUAUGGGUGAUAGCUUCCGAACUAUACUUAUGAUGAUAAAUAAAACAUGGGGUGUCUUUUUGGUUCCACCUUCGCAAGCCGGAAGUUUAUAAUUUUUUUUUCUUAUUGAUGCCAGUUAGAAAGCUACU